AUGAUUCCUUUCACCGGGCGUGCUGUUUCGGGCGCUUUGCAUGUGCGACCGCGUCCAACUUCAUGCGUCUUCCGGCCUCAGAAUAUAUCGCGUCUGUCAACGUCAACUAUCAAAUCAGCGACAGCACUUGAGCGACAAGAGCAAUCUGGCCAGCAUUUGACCGCUUCUGGCAAGGUACGAAAGGAGGUACCAUUGCCCAGUCAGGAGAAGAAAGAGGGUGCCAUGCAAUAUGUGCUGACUACUCUUGAUCAAGUUGCCAAUUGGGCACGGCAGAGCUCACUCUGGCCCAUGACGUUUGGUCUUGCCUGCUGCGCUGUAGAAAUGAUGCAUCUUUCAACACCAAGAUACGAUCAAGAUCGCCUGGGAAUUAUUUUCAGAGCUUCCCCUCGACAAUCUGAUGUCAUGAUCGUUGCUGGCACUCUGACGAAUAAGAUGGCACCCGCUCUUAGACAGGUGUACGACCAAAUGCCUGAUCCGCGAUGGGUUAUCAGUAUGGGAAGUUGUGCGAAUGGUGGCGGCUAUUACCAUUACAGUUACUCUGUCGUUCGUGGGUGCGACAGGAUUGUGCCUGUCGAUAUUUAUGUCCCUGGAUGCCCGCCUACGUCUGAGGCACUGAUGUACGGAAUUUUCCAGCUCCAAAAGAAGAUGAGGCACACCAGGAUCACCCGUAUGUGGUACCGCCGUUAGUCUCGCAGCUCUCGUGUGUCCCACCGUGUUUGCUACAUGUUGUUAGUUGUCAGUAGGAUUUACAUUUCGGCAAGACCUUUCUCGAAAAGGUACCAGUGUUGCCAGUUGACUUUGAAUAUUCUCAAGGUAGUAAUAUCUAUUCACUUGUAUGGGUUUCGCCACUUAUGUCAAAUUCGAUGUAUAUGUAAGUAUAGCGGGUUAUACUAUCGCUCUUUUCCCAAGGACCAAUUCAUCCAUUCACAACUACACCACCAUUCGGGUGCAAGCAUUGUCCAGAAAUAUAACUACUAUCCGUAC